AUGCGAUCUGCACGAAACAGCGCCGUCGGCCCCGAUCGGGCAAAGCACCUCGAGCGCAACCGCAUCGCCGCCAACAAAUGCCGCGAAAGAAAGAAGCGCGAACACAAACAAAUCGAGCGUCGCCUCAGCGACGAAACAGAAAAGAAAGAACUCCUUUUGGCCCAGCUGAACUGUCUCAAAGAAGAAGUCUGGGACCUCAAAAAUAUCAUCUUCCAACACGCCGAGUGCAAAGACCACCAAAUCAACCUCCAACUAGCCCGAAUGACCCAAACGGUCCUGGAAAACCAACCCAUGCAAGAAUGCAGCAUGUCGCCGACCUUUUCGAAUGGGUCCUACUCAGAUGAAUCGGUCACGGUGGAUGAAGUGAAUCAUAAUAACCUGAUCGACCCCCGCGCCUAUCCUGGUGGUGACUGGACUGUGUUACCCAAGGUCGCCGAUGACCUCGUGCCAUACGAUGCGAAUACGACCAAUGAUUCGAUAUUUGAGAAUUUCAUUGAUGCGGAGAAUCUGUGUACCUAG